AAUCAAAAUCAACUAAUAUCUCUAGACUAAUCUUUAUCUAUAAAAUCUGUUGAAAUCUGGGUUGAAGACAAUCAUCUCUAUUUUCUCUUUUCAUUUUAAAAGCAGAUUAAGGAUCUAGGCCAGAAAAAAUGUCUGGGAUAUAUCAGGCGACGUCGGACAUGGGGUCUGCGGCAAAUGGUGCAAUCAUGAACCAGAACUCCCAGAGUCCAGGAGAAGAAAGUGCCCAACCGCCAUUGAAGAGAAUGCGUGAGACCGGUAGUAGCUCAGGACCCAACAAGAAAGACUCCAAGAAAAGCUCUCGCAGGCACUCAUUCCAUCAGAAACGGGCUAUGGAAUCGUUUUUCCAAAUACGUCAACACCCUGGUCACGAAGAAAGACGUCGGCUUAGUCAUGAUUUGGGUCUCGAACCGAGUCAAGUCAAAUUCUGGUUUCAGAACAAGCGAACACAGAUGAAGGUUCUGCAGGAUAAAAAUGACAGUGGUUCACUGGAGAGUGAAAAUCAGAGGUUGACAGAAUUGAAAAACAAAAUGCUAGCCGCACUGAGAAACAUUGAAUGCAUUCGCUGUUCAGGAGAUCUGAAAAAGGUGGAUUCUGAAACACAUCAGCUUCAGCUCGAGAAUGCUCGGCUAAGAGCGGAGCACGAGAAAGUUUCUGCUAUUGCCUCAAGCAUGAGAGAGAACCCAGAUUUCUGACAACACUGGCCUUCUAUGUGCCAGAUCAUCUGCAGAACCACCAUCAGGGCCAGAGUUCCCCUAGCACCACCCUGCAGGCCGG